AUGUUUGCGGCCAAAAUGCAAAUCGCGGACCUUAUUCGUACAAGCACGUCGCCCACAUCAAGGCCCCAAAGUUGUACGGUUCCACAACCGUAUUAUACCAAUUCCGCAGCAAAGACGCUUCCUGCAAAUAAAUCACAGUACAAAUCCCACGUAUACGCCAACCCUGAUAAUGUCACGCCAGCAAUUGUUGAAAGCAGAUACGCACUGACAAAACAGAAAGGAGCACGUUACUUACCCGCAACUUUCUUGACAGGACUACUAGAUCCUGCAACUUUCUUGACAGGACUACUAGAUCCUGCAACAUCUCGUGAGGAGUUCCUUCAGCUCUUUGCAGAUUUGGAAGGAAAGGUACCAGUGUUUGUUGUAUCAUCGAAAGGGUCUCCUAAAAGGUCUAAAGCUGAGAUGGAAGCUCUUAAGGGAGCUAAAGGGGUGACCAAGUUUGUGGAAGUGCCUGGUGCUCUUCUUCCACAGGAGGAGUACCCUGAUGUAGUUGCGGAAGAGCUUUAUCAAUUCUUGCAACAGUAUUUUGGUUCUGUCGCAUAA